AAUUGAUAAAGAAAGAAAAGACGAAAAGAGAAAUAUCGCAGGAAUUCUAUUACACGUUACCGUGUAUUUCUCGAUUAUAUCCCUAAAAUAAAUCAUGUAAUUACUUAUACUCUUUUAAUUAUCACAUUCAGGCUCUUGUUUACGCGACGUUUCUUCGUUAUUCGCCUUCAUGACGACAGAGAUACUUUUGACAAUGAUCUCCUACGGGAAUAACUCCCGGUUGGGUUUACCGCGACGCAUAAGCAUCUGUACUAACACCACUCAAGACUCUCCACGAAUCUUUAAUAGACAUUAUUCUUGCUCUCGUGUUCGACGAGCUUCUUUUUCGAACAUGAACUAUUCAACAAUCUUCUCACAAUAAUAAGCAUAUCUUUUUAUUAUGUACUUGCUUCCAUUAUAGCCAUUCUUACAUGAAUUUAAAAUGUACAAAUUUCCUCGUAAAAUUAGGUGAAUGCGAAAUGGAAAAUAAAGAUAUCGUGGAUCGCUUAGUGCAUGCAAUUCUGCAAGGUUUCGCCAUUUACGAUUUCGGCAAUUAUCAGGUCACAUGUAUUAUUUUAAAGUUCACGAUUGUCAAAAUGUUUAUCGAUAAAACUUGUCACAUGUGUUGCGCAUUAACUUGCCGAUAAGUAAUAAUAUCACGGGUAGAUCAUCACGUUGAAAUGAAAUGCUUGCCUGCGCAAGACUUUGUCAUCUUUUAUUACUGUAUAAUAUUAGAAAUAAAAGCGAGUAGCAAAAGGAAGAGAUACGCACGACGGAAAUUAUAUUGUCCAUUUGGCGUGACGUACGAUAUUGAUAUCUUAAGGUAUACUUCCGCAAAUUUUCCAUGCAGACAAACGUGCAUAGCGCAUAAUGUAAUUGGACCAUAAAUGCACACAUAAGGAGCUAAAGCAAUCAAUUUUUUUAUGCAUAUGCUUUAUGCACCUGUGUAUGUUUGUCUGGAUAAACCCUUAGGGCUAACACGAGAAAUGGUGGAGGCUCCUGUCAGCCAACUGUAAACUAUGGAUUCUAUGUCGUCGUAUUAUGGCCAAAAUACAGACAAAAUCAGUAUAAUCGUAAGACUGGCUGCAGAGUCAUUUUUUGGAAUAAAGGGUUAAUAAAAAUUUAUGAAUGGUACAGGUGCUCAGUUGAGUUCAGGUGCAGUUUCUAUAAGCUAUAUUUUCUGUAUUAUAAAUUUUUCAAAAGCCAAAAUGCAAAACCGGCUCUUUAGCGAGAAACUAAGCUUUGUAAAGAAUAUAACAAAAAAGUUUCAUAAAGAAAUAUAAUUUCUUCGAAGCUAAAUACACCAAGAGGGAAUAUUACUAAAUUAGCACAAUAUCUAUAUCUAAGUUGAACAGUAGUAAUUAGAAGAAGAUAGCGCCGAGCGCUACCCCCCGCCCUAUCCCUUCCUUGCGCGCGGCAGCCGUGCAGAGAUGCGAAGUUUGCAUUAGUCAUAGUGUCGCAAACGUCAGUAUUCGUAAAAGUGCGCAUAAAAGCGCAAAACGUACUGGUAAAAGAUCGCUAAUAAUUGUGAAACUUGGUACCGCGUCUAUCAGUUUCCCUCCAGCGCGUCGUAAAGAUAUCCCUUUUGUACAUGAUGAGGAUGUUUGUUACAAUACUUGCAAUUCUCCUCGUACGACACGCGCAUUCACUUGACGCGCCUAAAUCGUUGCCUAAACCGAUGUCUAAAUCAUUACCUGAACCGCUUUUCUUCAGCGACGAUCACUGUGCCUUCGGCGUUAAGACGGUAUCGCUGUUCCUGUACAACAGUAAUAUCAAAGGCCAAAAGAUAAACGUAAAUGACAUAUGUAAAUAUGUCCAUCCGUCGCAAAAGGUCGUCUUUAUAGUCCAUGGAGCGAUCGGUUCCGUACAAAAGGAUAAUUUUCCAGUCGUGGCCACUGCAUUGACACAGAAAGGCUACAUAGUAUUUAGUGUGGACUGGUCCCAAGGAGCCUGCACUAAUAUGCCCAACAGUGAUGGUGUCAAGGAGAAAACCUUAGCAGUGAGGAAUGCCGUCGCAGCAGGUCAACGCGUAGCACGUUUUGUCACAAAAUUAGUCACAGAAUGUAAAUUUCCGUUGGCAAAUGUCAUAUUCCUGGGUCACAGUCUUGGUUCACACGUGGCCGGUUUCGCCGCUAAAGUGAUUCAACAAUUGGAGCUCGGCACGAUUCCGCUCAUCAUUGUCGGCGAUCCCAUCGAUUUCGUCCAAGGCGAUCCCCUCACUACACCGUUCAGUAGCAGGAAAUGCAACGACAGACUCUGUUACACAGAUACCAGUUGUCUAAAAGUACUUCACUCGUCGAGUGAUGGAAUAGGCACACGUAUGGGUCAUCUAGACUUGCAGUUCAAUGAUGGACAGACACAACCAAGUUGUUGGUGGGAUGCAACUCCAGCAUGUUCACACCUCAUUGUCAUCGAGUAUAUAUUGAAAGUGUUUGAAAAUAAAUGCUCCUUCCCUGGGGUUCAUUUUAACGGUCCCUCUUGUUCUAGUCCUAACGAAACGAAUUUCAUUCUCGUGAACGACAAUUUAUUGGACAUCAGCUGUUCCAUUCAGGGAGAAUACUAUGUAUUUGUCGACUGUUAUCCCUACUGUUCAGAAUAUGCUCCACAAACAUGCCGACAGUAAUAGUAGUAAGACGUUGAGUUAAAAACUUCAAUCUUUACUAUAAAUAUGAAGCUUUAUAAUAAAAAAUUGUAAGUAUGUAAUUAUAUUAUUUGAGCGUUUGACCAGCAUGCAGAUCUUUUUUUCUCAAGAUCCUUGAACCAUUACCGAAAGAAAACGAAUCAUAAUAAUGUAUACAUUAAAUAUUAAACUAAGAGAUAAACGAAGAUUGAUAAAGGAAGAAAUGAUGGAAAUAGAAAUAUCAUAAAUGUUAUUACACUUGUAGUCAAUUUCUCGAUUAUCUUCCUGAAUUAAAUUAUAUAAUAAUUAUACUUUUUUUAUUAUUUCAUUCGUUCUCUUGUUAGGUUCUUUCGUUAUUCGCCUUUAAAACAGCAGAUAUACUUUCGAUAAUGGAUCUGCCAUGCGUAACUCUCGUUCGAAUAAAUAAUGUAAUUUACGUUGUACAAAUAUUGUAGUAUAUCGCUCCAAUGUUUCUCUCCCAUACGUCAAGUUAACGCCUCCACCAUCAAGAAAAUAAAACGUUUACCAAAAUUAAAAA